UAAAAAGCAGAAAAAAAGAAAAAGAAAAGAAGAGAUAUUGCUUUCUUUGGCUGGCCAAAUGCUUCUUUAUUGCACAAGUGGUCCUAAAAACCCUACAUCUUUAUUUUGCUUUUACAUGCUUAAUUUUAAAGAUUUGAGUGUUUUUCUUUCUACAAAAUAAUAUGCAACAUCAAGCUCUAGGUAUGGUGGUUACCAGUGGUGAUGAUGGUGGUGGUUUUACCGAUAUGUUGGUGUCCUUUUCCGGUGAUCAAAACCGCCAGAUGAAGGUGGAGAUAGCUAACCACCCUCUAUACCAACAUCUUCUUUCAGCCCAUGUAGGGUGUCUCCGUGUGGCCACUCCGAUCGACCAACUACCCCUUGUCGACGCUCAACUAUCGCAGGCGCACGAUGUCCUCCUUCGUUACAUCUCCAACCACCACCAUCGCCAGCCUACCUCCCCCGAUGACCGCCACGAGCUAGACAAUUUCUUGACACAGUAUUUGGUGGUUUUAUGUGCGUUUAAAGAUAGGCUGCAAGAACAUGUCAGAGUUGAUGCUGUCGAGGCUGUCAUGGCCUGCCGUGAAAUUGAGCACAACUUGCAAGCUAUGACUGGAGUAACACUAGGAGAAGGGUCGGGAGCAACAAUGUCAGAAAGUGAUGGUGAAGAUGAGAUAGUAAUGGAUUUUCCAUCGGAUCAAUCCGGUGACAUGUUGGGUUUUGGUCUCCCUACAGAAUCUGAACGUACUUUAAUAGACAGAGUUCGUCAAGAACUGAAAAUCGAACUUAAACAGGGAUUUAGAUCCAAAAUAGAGGAUGUAAGAGAGGAAAUACUGAGAAAGAGGAGAGCAGGAAAAUUACCAGGAGACACUACUUCUGUGCUCAAAGAUUGGUGGCAACAACAUUCCAAAUGGCCAUAUCCAACUGAAGACGACAAGGCGAAACUGGUGGAAGAAACGGGGCUACAACUGAAGCAAAUUAACAAUUGGUUUAUUAAUCAAAGGAAAAGAAAUUGGCACAGCAGUUCGAGUUCUGUAACCACUCUAAAAUCCAAGCGCAAAAGAUAAAACAUAGACUGUUGCAUUUAUCAUGAUCAAAAGUGUGGUGGAGAGAUGGUAACUUAGCUAGCACUAAACAGUUCAGUUGUAAAAUAUAUAUGCUAAUUAACCAUUGCAAGUAUGUGACUGACUUCCAACACAUUUUCACUUAGCAUCGUGAAUUCGUGAUCACAUGAUUCCUCAAGUUU